AGCGUGAUGGGCCGUGUCUCCUUUUUUGGCGGGGGGUACUGUAUCUCCAAGUUUGGCGUGGAGGCCUUCUCCGACAGUCUCCGGCUUGAGAUGCGCAACUUUGGGGUGAAGGUCUGCAUGAUCGAGCCAGGCUACUUCAAGACAGCGAUCACCAACCAUGAGAACCUGGAGAAACAUUUUCUUUCCACCUGGGAGAAGCUCCCAGAGGAAACGAAAGCGAGUUACGGGGAGAAUUACUUUAAGGAGUUUCUGGUCACGCUCAGGAAGAUGCAGAAGAGAUGCAACCUCAACCUGGCGCUGGUCACGGACUGCAUGGAGCACGCGCUGACCAGCUGCUCCCCCCGCACCCGCUACUCAGCGGGCUGGGACGCCAAGCUGCUCUACAUCCCCCUCAGCUAUCUGCCCUCCGCCCUCACGGACGCCGUGUUCUCCUGGUCCUACCCGCAACCUGCCGGGGCAGCCUGA